ACCCACUAAUUUUUUGUGUACGAGGUUUUAAAAAGUGAUUCUUAAGCUUUAUAUUAAGUUUCUUGAACAUUUCCAACCAUGGAGGAAAUGUUAGUAUCAAUCAGUGGAACAAGUUUAUUUAAAGAAAGAUCUUACACAGAUCAACCAUGGAUCAGAUCUUCUUCAAUUUAUCCGCACAUCAAAAGAAGAUGGUCAUUUUAAUGAUGUCAUAAUUUGUGUGGAUGGAAAGAAUAUAUCUGCAAGCAAGAUGGUUCUUUCUUGCUUUUCAGAGUAUUUUCAAAAAUUGUUUACAACUGAGAUGAAGGAAAAGUAUAAAGAUUGUGUUGAAGUUAAUGGUGUAGAUGUGAAAAGCAUGACAAAUCUUGUUGAAUUCAUGUACACAGGAGAGAUCAGCAUUAAUAUGGACAACGUUUGCUACCUUCUGGCUGUCAGUGACUACCUGCAAAUGCAAUUUAAAGAACUGUGCAUCCAAUAUUUAAUGGAUGCAACUUCUCCACAAAACUGUUUCACGAUUCAAGUUUUGGCCGAUCGGUUUAACAUUCCUGUGUUGUCCGAGAACAACAAAAAGUUUAUCAUUUUGAAUUAUAAACAAGUUGUUUCAAAUGAUCAGUUUAAACGGCAAUCCAAAGAGGUUGCCACAUUGUUCUUGCAAGAAACUCAUAACCAGGUUUCUCCAGAUUUGGUUUACACUGCUGUUAUGAACUGGGUAAAGUUUGAUUUGGCUUCAAAUGAAAAGUACUUGAACGAACUCACCCAGUUUGUUAAUUUCCAUGAAUUGUCACCUCAGAUAUUGGGGGAUGCGGUUUCUGUUGAGCCCCUUCUUCGUAAAUCUGACGAUAAUGUUGACAAGACUUUAAAAGUCUUUUCUUAUCAUAUGAAGAACAUAACAUCUCCAGGAAAAUCUCUGAUCUGUCUUGGAGGUGCAAGGACUUUAAACAAAGUUAUGAAAUAUGAUUUACGAAGAAAUGAAUGGAGUGAAUUACCUGAUUUACCUGUUGGUAGACAACUAGCAUCAGCUGUUGUUGUUGAUAAUGUUCUGUAUUUUAUUGCUGGAUAUUUGCCAACUGCCGGGGGUAACGUUAAACCAACUAACAUUGUUCAUCGGAUGGAUUUAAACAAAAACUUUUUGCAAUGGGAGAAGGUAGCUUCAGUGAUUGAAGAGAGAUAUGCUGCUGGUGCUACUGUUUUAAAUGGCUCAAUAUUCUUGUUUGGUGGAAUCUCCAUCAACAACUGCCGUCUUUCUUCCGGUGAAUGUUUUGUUACUUCACUAAAUAAGUGGAUAAAAGUGGCAAAUAUGAAAACAGAAGAAUAUUUUAUUGUCUUGGUUACUUUGGAAGAUCGGAUAUAUUUACUCGGUGGAGUUGGUACACCUUCAGUGGCAUGUUAUGAUCCUACAUUAAGUACAUGGGGAAAUGUUGCUCCCAUGCAAACAGCACGGAAAAACUUAGCUGCAGUGGUGCUUAAUAAAGCUAUUUAUGCUCUUGGGGGCAAAGGUGCUCAUGAGCAAGUUUUGAAAUCGGUUGAGAAAUUCAAUGCUGAUAAUAACACCUGGGUUUAUGUCGCGGAUAUGAACAUAGGGAGAAGUCAUCAUACAGCUUGUGUUGCACAAAACAAGAUUUAUGUAGUGGGAGGGGUGAAUUUCACCAAUAAAGCUGUGAAAUCUGUUGAAUGUUACGAUCCACAAACAAACAAGUGGAGCAUUGUUUGUGAAACAGAAGUGGCAUUUUUCAAUCACUCUCUGGUUGCAAUUUAAAUGCAGAUUAAACGAAAAAACAUUUCAUUUCCUAUCAACCUUAUAGCAUUUUUGAGUUAAUCUUUUUAUUUGCACUUACAUAAAGUGUUUUAAUAAUUCUUUAUUUUAAUAAUUGUCAUGUUGCAAAUAAACAAGAUAACAAUGCUCUCAUGAGUGAGCACGUAUUGAA